GGUAAUCAAUAGUUAUUUACAUAAAAUAUAUAUGAUAUUUGUUGCUCCAUGCAAGUAGUUGAGAGUAAUUAGGAUGAAUAGAGUGAAAAAAGGGCAAGAAAAGAGUGAAAUUAUUGAAGAAAUGGCAGAUGAAAUUAAAACUAUGUCCAAAGAGGACAAUGAAGAAGAUGUAAUUCUUCCAGGAUUUCGAUUUCAUCCAACUGAUGAAGAGCUUGUUGGGUUUUAUCUACGACGCAAAGUCGAAAACAAAAGAAUCAACAUGGAAGUCAUCAAACACAUUGAUAUUUACAAAUAUGAUCCUUGGGAUCUUCCAAAAUUAGUAGAGGAUAAAGAAAUGUAUUAUUUCUGCAUGAGGGGAAGAAAAUACAAGAACAGUGUAAGACCAAAUAGAGUAACAAAAAGUGGAUUUUGGAAAGCAACUGGUAUUGACAAGCCUGUUUAUUCUUCUACUACACAAUGCAUUAUUAUUGGACUCAAAAAAUGUUUAGUUUAUUAUAGAGGAAGUGCUGGCAAAGGCACUAAAACUGAUUGGAUGAUGCAUGAGUUUCGUCUCCCACCAACUUCCAAUGCUAAUCACCAAGCUGAAGUUUGGACCCUAUGUAGAAUAUUCAAGAGGAGUACUUCCACUUACAAGAGAUCAUCAUACAGUACACAAGAAGUGAAGCAUCUACUUGGGGAUGCAAGUUCUAAAGCAUGUAGCAUGGAAUCUGAUGAAAACAGUACUGAUCAUGACCAUUCCAAUAGCUUUAAAGAUAUAUCUUUUCAACAACAAAAUUAUAAUAAUUAUGAAGCUCAAAUGGAUGAAAUUAGGAACCAACAAAAUCUAAUAUCUCAUGACUCUACAUUCCCAUCAUCAAGCUCAAUUAGCUUUUGGAACACAAAUAGUACUCAAGAGGAGUACUUGUUUGGUGAUCAUGGGAAUAAAUGGGAUGACCUCAAAUCAAUAGUUGACUUAGCAACAAUGAUGUAGAUGAAAAACAAAAAUGGUGAGUAUUAGUGUGCGUACGCAAAACUUUUCGUAAGUGGUAUUGAUCAUAUAUUAGCUCAUGGGCUUAGGAUAUUUGGUAAUGUGUGGUUUUUCUAAUAUUUUAUUCUUGUAUGCAACUUUUUCAAGUCGUAUUGAU